AUGGUGUCUCUGUCGGCUCGAACCGUCUGGAAGCCAGGAAUGGUGACGUUGGAGUCCGGUAUCUGCUCGUGCAGCCACGUUUCCCCCCGCUCUGCAGCCCCGCCGUCUCGUCUUAAGUUCCUCCGGGAUGGUGGGUCUCUCUCCGGCCAAGAGGGUAGUGUGCCUCAGGGCGAUCAGCUUGUCGCGGGUGCAGGUGCUGGCGCCCCCGUCUAUCUGGCGGCUGUGAUGGAGUACCUCACCGCUGAGAUCCUGGAGCUGGCUGGAAACGCUGCACGCGACAACAAGAAGAGCCGUAUCAUCCCCCGCCACCUGCAGCUGGCCGUCCGCAACGACGAGGAACUCAUCAUACUCCUGGGCGGAGUGACCAUCGCUCAGGGCGGCAUGCUGCCCAACAUCCAGGCUGUUCUUCUGCCCAAGAAGACCGAGAAGGCCCCCAAGUCCAAGUAA